AUGGACGAGCAAGCACUGGCCAAGCGCGUCAAGGCGUUGAACAAGGCUGUCGCCUCCGACCCGCCGUCCGUUGUCAUCGGCUUGCUCGAGGAGCUGAAGAAGGAGAAGGCGCCGACCGAGGAGCAGCUUCGUUCCACCAAGGCAGGUGUCGCGGUCGGCAAACUGCGGCACAAUCCGAACAAGGAUAUUGGUCGGCUGGCCAGUGAGAUCGUCUCGAAGUGGAGGAAGAAUGUGGAUGCGGCCAAGGACGCGAAGAAGCGCAAGCUCGAGCAGAGCAAGUCGCCGACUCCCAAGGACUCGCCCGCACGCCCGUCUUCCUCCUACAGCACCCCGUACGAAGGCGACCCGGAGAAGCGGCACUUCAGGGUCGACAAGGUCGACAUUGCACGGACAGGCAACAAAACGCGCGACGGUAGUAUCGGAGUGCUGUACAACGGCCUGGCAUAUCGCGCGACAGAGUCGAUCGAGGAGGUACUGCAGUGCGCCAUGCAGGUGGAGGCGGCGGCCUACGCCGUGUACAAGGACACGCCCGACUAUCGCAACAAGAUCCGGGGUCUCAUGACAAGCCUCAAGCGCAAGGACAAUCCCGAGCUUGGCCGGCGGGUGCUCGGGGGCGAGAUCACGCCUGAGAAAUUUGUCGUCAUGACAGACGACGAGCUGGCCUCGGAAGCCCAACGUGCCCGUGACCGGGAGCUGGAGCGUGAGAACAUGCUCAAGGCACAGGUGCCCAUGGCCGAAAAGUCAAUCAGCGAUUCCCUGCAGUGCAGCAAAUGCAAGCAGAAGAAGGUUUCGUACAGCCAGGCCCAGACCCGCUCGGCUGAUGAGCCGAUGACAACAUUCUGCGAGUGCACCGUUUGCGGGCACCGCUGGAAGUUCUCGUAAUAGAGAGACCUGGAGCCUCUUUUCCUUCUUGCUCUUAACUUCUCUGGCUUACCUCUUGUGUUCUCCUUUUCUUUUUUCUUCUUCUUCCAUAAUUCUGUUACUACGAGGCGCAAUUCAUGGCUGGGUUACGCCAAUCGGGAGGGGCAGCAUUGGGUGAUUCCUGGCAUCAUGGGCGUGCCCCUAAUUGGCGGGGCUCUGAGCAGGGUCAUUACUUACCGCCAGUACCGUCGCGGGCAGUGAAUGUAGAGGCAGGGCGUUUGAACAAGCCGCAUUCGCCUCUAAGAUCUGUUUGAUGAUUUCCUCGGGUUGUGCUUGGGUGGCCGGAGCAUUCGGGAGUUUAGGGAAAGGAACGUUUUGUGUGCUCGUCUGUGCAAUAACCAAAUGCAGCGGGAUGUUGCGCUGCGCUCGUUGAGAGUAGGGAUUCUACCCCUAAUUCUAGAGAAGCAAGCAAGACAGCCUGUAUCAUAGAUGGGAGGGGCAAG